UCCUUUUUUCUUUUCUUGCCGCCCCCCUAGCCAAAACCAAAAAUCCCUAAUCUCUUCUUACCCCUCUCUUUCGAUCGAUCGACGGCGAGCGGCGGCCGACGACGGAGAGCGGCAGACGACUGCGAGCAGCAAACCCUCCUCUUUGACGUCUUUCUUGUCCUAUUCCCUUCCCUCGCCAUUAUCAAUCUCCUCUUCCACCACCUCAGCAUCUCGAAUAUUAACUUUCUUUCUGUAUCAUCUAUAUAUAGAUAUAUGUAUUUAUUUCUUUCUGUAUUUAUAGAUCGAGAAAGACAGAAGCACAGAGAUACAUACAGAGAAUGAGAAUUGAAAAUGGAUUGUCUGUCAUCGGGUUCACAAGAGCUUCGUGUUCUCGCUGUUGAUGACAACCACGUCGACCGGAAGGUGAUCGAGAAGUUGCUGAAGAUCUCUUGUUGUAGAGUUGUGGCUAUAAAGAGUGGGCGGAGAGCUUUGCAAUAUCUUGGUUUGGAUGGAGAGAAGAGCUCCGUUGGAUUCGAUGAUUUGAAGGUGAAUUUAAUAAUGACGGAUUAUUCAAUGCCUGGGAUGACAGGAUAUGAGCUGCUUAAGAAGAUCAAGUUUCUCCUGGACAACCAAGCUUAAUUUCUGAUGAUGAAGGUAUUACACUUGUUUGGGAGUGGCCAGGAUGCAGCUAAUCUGAUAAAUCAGAACGAAAUACACUGGGGGUUUGCUUCUUGUGGAAUACAGGCGUGUGAAGAUUGCGAUUUACUUUUGUUUUUGUUACCC